AUCGCCGCCCGCUUGGCUCCGGCGCCGCCCGCCACUGCACACGGGCACCUAAAGUUUGCUGCCACUCAAUCAUUCAUCAUCAUCAUUAUCACACUGACUGACUCACGACGAGACGGAGACGGACCUCUCCUCCUGACCUGGGCGGGCUUGCUUGCCUCGCUCCGCCUCCGCUCACUCCCCGCCCCACCGCCAGUCGCGCAUGCGUGUCCUCCUCUCGCCACCUGCACAUGGACUGCAGAGUUUGGGAGGGACGCACGGAAGCGUUUGUGUUUCUGGCUGGGCCUGGGGGCUGUGCGGGCCGCGGCACAAGGAAAGGACGGAUGGACUCAGAGGAAGGAUUCAAAAGGAGGGAGGCCGCCUGCCUCAUCAAACCAGAGGAUAAGAUCCAAUCGGUGGGAUGGGAGCUUUCCCCGCAUGGAGCGGGUGGAGGACUGUCGGUCGCCAUAGAAACUGUGCACAUCAGUAAAGGAAAAGCGAAGGGUAAGAUCCUGUCCUGCUCCUUGCCUUUAUCGGUGGAUUUUAUUGUGCAUGUAUGUAGCUUGCCCUCUCCCCCUGGGUUAUUGGCUUCUGGUUGCCCAAGAAACAAAACCAUGCAAGCAGAGAAACUUGUUUUUAAAACGAUAAGGAGGCACGCCUUUCAUUGAAUCCCAAAUCACAAUAUUCUGUGGGUGAGUCUCAUUUCCUCCUUUUCACUUUAAAAUGUGUGGUAAUAAGGAUUAAGUAUGGUAGCACACAGAAGGCGAGGUGAGGGCAUAUUAACAAGGAGGGCAUAUUAACAGGGGGAGGAAUCUUGCUCCAAUGUUCGAAGCUUUACUGUGGAAAAGGAACUAUUAUUGCAAUCAUUCUGGGGAUUUUGAAAUUGAUGUGUUUUAGUAAACCAAAGCUACUCCAUUUUGUUAGUAAACCAAAGAAACUCUCUUUUGAAAGCUAAAAAGCUCUAACUCAGAGAAACCUCAGCAAGGCCAAGGACACAGACUCUGCAACAUUGCUUUAACAAUAGCCAUCACUACUCUUAUCUCUCUAGCUCGCAUAGUAGCAAUUGCAAUGCUAACCAAGCUAGGUUCCCAUGAGAAACGCUUGAAAUGCUAACGCUGAAGAAAGAACGGAUCUAACCAUAUUAGGGAAAUCACCUGAUGGACGAUAGUCCAGUCACGCAUGCGUGCUUGAAAGGGGUUAGGUCACAGUUGCUAUGUGCAUUAGGGUCAAGAGCCUUUUUGCAUUCAUGUUGUUGUUUGUAUAAAAGGAACAUCUCUAGCUGUAACUCAUUGUAUUCAAUGUAAAGCGUGAGCUGCAUUGGAUACCUUGCUGUCGCGAAGCAAUAAAGCCUCUGAUUGAUUCCCUUGAGUCUGUUUGAUUGGCUAAAAGCGGACCCAAGUCGAGCCGGGUCUUCACAUCAAUUUGGUGCCGUGACUCGGAUGUAACUUGGGUGGACGAUUUGGCCCGUCGUGGGACAACGAGGACCAGCGCGCACCACAGCCUUUGUCUGAGGAGGUUUCUCGUGGCCCUGGGACGCGUCAGUCGUUACUACACGCUACAUCUGGGAAUCGAGGCAAGAGCCUGAGGGAGAGGCAAGAAAUCCAGAGACGUCUUUGGUGAGUACCCCAAGCCCAAGUAGGGGAACAAAAGGGGGGGGGGAAAGCCCAGGGAGGGGCAUUCUUUCAUCCCGAGAAGAGGGGAGAAAGCAAAAUUACCCAAGCAGGGGCAAUUUAAGCCAAAAUCCCGAGAGGGGGGGGCAAUUUCAGCCAAAGAGUCUGAAGGAGAGGAGGCUGAGUCAAAAAUAAACGACCCAAGCACAAGCAAGCUAGGGGGUGGACCAUGGGGAGCAGAAAUAGCAAGCACGCGAAAUCUGAAAGGAUUUCUUGCACACCCUUGGAAUGUGUGUUGAAGCAUUGGAAGAUCCUCACAGGGGAGAGCAAUUCUCUUAAAAAAUAUAUGUUGAAAGGUCUCUGUAUAGAAGUGUGGCCAACCUAUCGGCUUGGCGAUGGCACCACCUACUGGCCACGUACAGGAAGUGUUGAUCAAGCUUUAAUUUUAGAAUUGUUGGUAUAUUGUUCAAAAAAUGGAAAGUAUGAAGAACACUGUUAUGUUCAGCCAUUCAUGGAAUUAUGGUGCAGACCUCUGUUGGCCAUGGACUGUGGGCUAAUGCCUGCAGGGAAUUCUUCUGGACUAUUUCCCUUACAGUCUUGCCCUUCCACUCCCCUCACCCCUUCCACACCUCCCCCUCCUCCACCCUAUCCCAAGCCCUAUGAAUGCCCAGAAGAUGAUUGUGUUCAACCUAUUUACCCACCCCCACCCCCACCACAACCUCAACCUAUUCCCCAGCCUCAGCUGCAUCCAGUUCCCAAUGUACCAGAUGUACAGAGAGCACCCUCUCCAGGAAGGGGGGGGGCAUAGGUUUGGUUGACUUAGAGGGGGGAGAUACAUUGGGGCCACUUCCUACACCUUUGACGCCUUUGGGAACGGGGGCGGGCAUAGGUUUGGUUGAUUUGGGAACAACACCGUUGCAACCUUUAAAGACAGAUUUGGAAGCCUUGGAUUUAGCUAUUGUGCCUAUUAACAGCGGUACCGUCUCACUUACAAACCCCAAAAUCAGCCCCGUUGCCUGGCAUACUAGGAGUAAAAGCAGCAGCAGAGUCCCAGUUUUAGCCCCAUUGAGGGAAACUUUAACUGCCACAGGGGACCGAACAUUAGUCCAUGUUCCCUUUUCAUCUGCAGAUUUAAUGAAUUGGAAGCUGCAAACUAAAUCACUUAGAGAAGACCCAGUAGCCUGCUCUAGUCUCUUUGAGUCUGUGUUUGCUACUCACAAGCCUAUAUGGGCAGAUAUCCAGCAAAUGGCUGGCUCUUUGCUUACAGCAGAGGAACGACGCCUCCUUUUGCAGAAAGCUACCCAGUUAGCCACCAACAUGGGGGCCCGUCAGACACCAGUUGUUGCAGCAGCAGAACUAUAUCCCUUGCAGGAUCCUAACUGGGAUCCAAAUACUGAAGCUGGGCAUGCCGCUUUGGACACUUUUCGCCAGCUCUUUCUGAAGGCUCUCAACACUUGUGUGCCUAGACAUACAAAUCUGAACAGACUUCGUCAGACCUUUCAGGGUCCAAAUGACUUUCUGGAAAGGCUUGAAAAAUGCCUUCACCAAUUCACGUCCCUGGACCUUAAAUCUCCAGAAGCAGAACAUAUUUUGAGAGCAGCAUUUUUGGCUCAGAGUGCACAGGACAUUAGAAAGAGACUGAAUAAGUUAGAUGCACCUUUGACCAUGGCUCUCGACUCUUUAGUGGAGGCAGCCUACCGUGUCUAUACACAGAGAGAGAACCCAGACCCAGAGUCAGAAAAAGAGAAGGAGAAGGAAAGGGAGAAGGAGAAAGAAAAAGAGAAGGAGAAGGAAAGGGAGAAGGAGAAAGAAAAAGAAAGGGAGAAGGAGAAAGAAAAGGAAAAGGAGAAGGAGAAGAAAGUAGGAGGAAGUAAACCACAUAUCCUAUAUGCUGGUCGAGGAAAGGGGGCCCAGCAGGGGCCGGGAAGAGCAUCCCCUCGACAGGGAUCUCCAUAUUGUUACCAUUGCGGAAAUCCAAACCAUUGGGUCCGGAACUGUCCGACCCGGUUUCAAGGACCGCAGCCAUUUCCACAGCAAAUGCAGCAAAUGCCCUAUUGGCAGACAGCCUUGGCUGUCCAGCCACAGCAGCAUUUCCAGUCACAGCAGCAGUUCCAACAAUUUCAGCCGCAACAGCAGUUUCAACCACAACAAUUUCAACGCCAGCAGCAGGGGGGCCAGCAGUUCCAAUCCCAAUAGCAGCCCUACCAGUCUAGUCCCCAGAGUCCCUAUCAACAAAGGAACUCCAGAUAGGACAGGCCGGGGGAAACAGCUGUAUUGGCGACUUGCCGAACACUUUCACCCACAGAACCCCUGGUGGCCUGCAGAGUGGGCUCUGGAGCAAAUGCUCAGACUGUUUCAAUGUUAGUAGAUUCCGGCGCCACUCAUUCAGUCUUAAUUACUCCAAAAGGGGCUACCCCAAGCAGCCGUUCCACCUUUGUGGAAGGAGCCACGGGUGCUUCAGCAAAACAUCACUUUUUGGAAGCCAUACCCUUUGAAUGCGCAGGGUCACAAGGACAACAUUCCUUCCUGCACAUGCCUCAGUGCCCUGUGAAUCUAUUGGGCAGAGAUUUAUUGUGUGCCAUGCGGGCUACCUUAUCUUUCGCCCCAGACCAAAUCACCAUGGAAAUUCCUGAUUCAGAAACCUGGGCAGUUCAAGCUAGAGUGAUGGGUCUUUUCCCACCCAUGCUUGCACCAUUAAUUGAUUUACAAGUACCAGAGACAGUGUGGGCCAAGGAGGGAGUGCCAGGCAAAGCAAAAUAUGCCCAACCAGUGACAAUUCGAUUGAAACCAAACACCCAGCCUGUUGCAAUACCACAGUAUCCCUUAAGGAAGGGAGGCGCAGAGGGAUUAAAACCAAUUGUUGAUGCCUUCAUAGCCAAUGGAAUCUUAGUUCCCAGCCAAAGCGCAUGGAAUUCCCCGAUCAUUGCCAUUCCAAAACCAGACGGUAGAUGGCGCCUGGUACAAGACCUAAGAGCAGUAAAUGCCUGUGUGGAACCUCUACACACAAUUUUGCCAAAUCCACACACUAUAAUGACAGCUGUGCCACCACAAAUGACUAGUUUUACUGUUCUGGACUUGAAGGAUGCUUUUUUUUGCAUAUCUUUAGCGCCAGAAUCACAACCAAUAUUUGCACUAGACAGGCACGACCCGAAAACGCAUGUAAAAGUCGGGCUCCAAUGGUCUCGUCUGCCACAAGGGUUAAAUUCCGCGCCCCAUUUGUUCAGCGAUGCGUUGAGGGAGGAAUUGGGCAGGUGGACACCCCCAGAAGGCGAGGAAGGCAAGGAUUUUGUGUUGCUGCAGUUUCUAGACGAUUUGUUCCUAGCCACAACCUCAAAGGAGCUCAAUUUGAUCCUUACCACUUCACUUUUGCUCCAUCUAGCGGAUGCAGGCUUUCAUCCAUCAAAAUCUAAAGCGCAGGUGGCCUUACCCCAAGUUAAAUAUAUGGGGCUUUUACUCAGCCAAGGACAGAAGUCUCUUUUGCCAGAGCGAAAAGAGGCCAUUUGCAGAAUAGCCCCACCCUCCAAUCGCCGUCAGUUGCGUUCAUUCAUUGGAAUGGCUAAUUUUUGCUGCCAAUGGAUUCAUGGGUUUGCAGCUUUAGCCCAACCCCUGUAUGAUGCACUUUCUGGAGGAGAAAAUGACAGCUUUACAUGGACAGCAGACUGCCAAUCUGCUUUCAUGGAAAUAAAGGCAGCUCUUGCAAGUGCGCCAGCACUUGGACUGCCCGACUACAACAAAGUUUUCUACUUAUUUGCUUCUGAGUGUCAGGGAACAGCAUCUGGGAUACUUACACAAACCCUGGGCAAAGAUCAUCGCCCAAUUGCAUAUUUUUCUUCCAAACUAGAUGGCGUGGCCCAAGGUUGGCCUCCUUGCUUGAGGGCCCUGGCCGCAGCGGCUGUCAUUUUGGAAGAAGAUCUGAAAUUCACUUUAGGUUCCAAGACUAAACUGUAUGUUCCACACUCAGUUCUUACAUUGCUGGAGAACAGAGCAAACCAAUGGCUGAAACCUGCAUGCAUGGCUAAGUACCAAGCCAUUUUUAUCGAAUCUCCAGAACUUUCCAUUCAUCACUGCACUGCAUUAAAUCCAGCAACCUUUUUACCACAAAACAUGUCAGAACCAGACCCUCCUUUGCAUGAUUGUCAGCAAUUUCUGGACUAUCAUUGCUCAGCCAGACCAGACCUGACUGAUAUUCCACUAUCAGAUGCAGAUCUCACAUUUUAUACAGAUGGGAGCAGUUUUAUGGACAAUGGGGUCAGGAGGGCUGGUUAUGCCAUUGUUACCAUACAUGCUACAGUGGAAGCUAACUCAUUACCCUCUGGGACCUCAGCUCAGUUGGCAGAACUGAUCGCCUUGACUAGAGCUUUGCUGUUAGCCCAGGACCAGAAAGUCAAUAUCUUCACUGAUUCAAAGUAUUCCUUCUCGGUAGUACAUGCCCACGCCGCCAUCUGGCGGGAGAGAGGGUUCAUUACCGCUGAUGGGUCACCAAUAAAGCAUGGUGGCCAGAUUUUGGAACUUCUAGAUGCUAUACUUUUGCCAAGCAAAGUUGCAGUUAUGCAUUGCCCAGGGCAUGAGAGAAAGGACACUGAGAUUGCCCAAGACAAUGGCAGAGCAGAUCACGCAGCCAAAACAGCAGCUCUGCUGCCACCCCCACCCACACUAUCUAUGUUACCACUUAUUCCAGCUUUCCCUUUGCUUCAGCCUCAGGACCACCCUUUCCCAAUGACAGGAGAGGACGUGUCUACUUUAAAUGACCUUUUGCAAAACACUGAAUGGACUCAGACUGAGAAUGGAGCUGUCCAUACUUCAGGCCAACAGUUUUUUUCAUAUGGCACCACCAUGGCCUUAGUGAAGCAAGCCCAUCUUACGACACACUUGGGAAGGGACAGACUAUAUGAGCUUUUAGUCACAUAUUUUUACCACCCUCAAUUGAGAGCAAUGGUAACCACCACUGUCAAUGCAUGUGUGGUUUGCAUUAAGAACAAUCCAGCUCCACCAAGGAGAGCAAGACCACGCGUUCUGCUCAGGACAGGAACAGCCCCAGGUGACUCUUGGCAAUUAGACUUCACUGACAUGCCUAGAGCUGGAAUGUAUAAACACUUGCUAUUGUUUAUUGACAAUUUCACUGGGUGCUCAGAAGGAUUUGUUUGUAAGACAAACAAGACAAAGGAAGUCACCAAGAGGCUUCUACAAGACAUUAUACCGAGAUUUUCACUGCCUAGACAUUUAGAUUCGGAUCAAGGACCACAUUUUACCUCUACAGUCAUACAGGAGGUAGCCACAGCCUUGGGAAUUCGCUACCAUUUACAUACACCUUGGCGGCCCACUUCUUCCGGGAGAGUAGAGGCCUCAAAUCGGAUCUUGAAGACACACCUGAGGAAGAUAUGUCAAGAACUAUCGCUAAAAUGGCCAGACGCCUUGCCUCUGGCCCUUUUUCGCAUGCGCAUCACACCGCGGGGACGUAGUGGGCUCUCACCAUUUGAAGCUCUGUACGGGAGAGUGUGUUCUCUAAAUCCUCUAUCUGCUGAUGUAUCUGACUUACAUGUCAGGGGAGAAGAAUUGCUGAAACAACAUGUAGUUGGCAUUGCGGCUGCCUUGUCUUCUCUUUCUUCUCAUUUACAGGCAACGCAACGGCCGCCACUAGAGGGACCACAACACCCUUUCCAACCAGGCGAUCAGGUGUACCUUGAGAAAUGGCAGAAGCCUAACCUUGAUCCACGGUGGACGGGCCCGUUUACAGUGCUCCUAGUGACCCAAACUGCAGUUCGUCUCUCUGGAUCAAAGACUUGGACCCAUCACACCCGAGUGAGAUUCACGCCUACCCCAGCGAAGGAACCAGAAGACAACAACAACAACUGGGCAGUGACCAAGCGUGGAGACCUGAGACUCACUUUACGCAAACAGCCACCACCAAAACCCCCACCGGAGCCUCUUUCCCUUGAAGAUACUCUGGCAGUGUGGGAAGCAAUGGAUGAAGGACACUUUUAAUUUUC